CCAGCAGCGCUGCUGAACUCCAAGAAGAAGAGAGGCGAGCAGCCUCCCUGAACCAAAACCCUCCCCCUUCUUCUCCACCCGCUUUCUCAGUCCACCAUGGCUACUCUCUCCCAAGCUCAGGCCGUCAAGUCCCUCAACAAAUCCCCCGGACGCCGCCGUUUCGUUUUCAAGAAUUUCUCUGAGAGACUUGAUGAUGUCGAAAUCGAUGUUUUCCGAAGCCUCGAUAAAGUUAAGUCGGAGCCGCAUGAGGGCUCUACUUUUUUCCGGGACUGCCUCAUCGAAUGA